AUGGGCGCCAUCCUCGCUGUUCCUGCUCUUCUCCUCCCUUCAGCUGCUACACUCUGUAUCGUUGCAUGGGUCAUGCUCACUCCUUGGGCUAUUCGGAAACUGGAACAUCUGACAUUGGACUACAUGACUUUCAAAUGUGGCUCUUCCAACUGCUAUGGAUAUUUCGCUGUUCAACGUAUCAACUUCGCCCUUGGCCUCUUCCAUCUCAUCCUUUCCGUCCUCCUCCUUGGCGUCAAGAGCACAAAAGACACAAGAGCCGGUCUUCAAAAUGGUUUCUGGGGUCCUAAGAUCAUUGCUUGGCUUGCCUUCAUCGUACUCAGCUUCUUCAUUCCCGAAGGCUUCUUUCUCUUUUGGGGGAAUUGGAUUGCUUACUCUGGCGCCAUUCUCUUCGUUCUUCUCGGGCUGAUUCUCCUCGUUGACUUGGCUCACACGUGGGCCGAACUCUGUCAAGACAAGAUUGAUCAAGGAGAUGGUCCAAAUUACCGCCUCUGGCAAGUCUUACUUAUGGGGUCAAGUCUUGGCAUGUAUAUUGGUGCCUUUGCCAUGACCAUCGUCAUGUACAUCUAUUUCGCAAAAAGUGGUUGCAGCAUGAAUAUUUCAGCCAUUACUAUCAACUUGAUCUUCCUAUGUAUCAUCACCGUCCUCAGCGUUCAACCAAACAUUCAAGAAGCCAAUCCCAAAGCUGGUCUAGCCCAAUCCGCCAUGGUUGCUGUCUACUGCACUUACCUCACUUUCUCUGCCGUGUGCAUGGAACCUGAUGAUAAGAAUUGCAAUCCUCUUGUUCGCGCACGAGGUGCAAGAACCACAACCAUUGUCCUCGGUGCUGUUGUCACCAUUCUCACGAUUGCCUACACCACCACUCGUGCUGCCACUCAGGGCUUUGCCAUUGGAACAAAUCAUUCCAGCAACAACUAUGCUCAAUUAAAUCAAGACGAGAAUGAACAUGGUCUGGUUACUCAACAACCUGCAUCUCGUAGAGAGAUUAUGCGGGCUGCAGUUGAAAGUGGCGCUCUUCCUGCAUCUGCUCUCGACGAGGAUUCAGAUGAAGAGGAAGAAGUCAACACCAAAGGGGGAAAGGAUGAUGAACGACAAGGGACUCAGUAUACCUACACUCUCUUUCAUAUAAUAUUCUUCUUCGCAACUUGCUGGGUUGCGACGUUGUUCACGCAACAAAUGGACCCAGAAAAUAAGAGCGACUUCACGCCAGUUGGACGCACAUACUGGGCCAGCUGGAUCAAAAUCACCAGUGCUUGGGUAUGCUACGCCAUCUACAGCUGGACCCUUGUUGCACCCAUCGUGCUAGAAGGCCGGGAGUUCUCAUGA